AUGGUCAAAAAGGGGCAGCCCAAGGGCCCGAAGCCCGGGGCGGGCGGUGGAGCGAAAAAGACGACUGCUGCUGCGACCGGCGCAGACGACAGCUUCAUCGUGUUUUCGAAUUCGGACAAAGAGCCCAAGCCUAGGAAGACGAACGCGCAGGCUGGACCGUCUGGUGCGACUGGGUCGGAUAUACUGGGAGAGGCGCCGAAGAGACCGGAUGUUAAGAAGCUUAUUGGUGGGGCGUCAUGGACGGGCAAGCUACCUGUGAAUAUGCUCUCGGAGCAUUGCCAGAAGCAGAGAUGGGAGAAGCCUGAAUAUACAAUAUCAAAGACCCCGGAAGGAUACUCCUCGAUGGUUAUUUUGAAGGCGAGGAAUCCGAAGACGCAGGAGCUGGUGAGCCUGGCACCGUUCAAAUUGCCUCCGUCGCAUAAACACCUUGCGGCGAAACCAACCGCACUCGAAGCUCGACACUUUGCCGCCACCUACGGACUAUUUCGGGUGUGCAGCAUGCGGAAUAUACAUAUGAUGCUGCCUCCAGACUACAGGGAUUUGUGGAAAGGAGAGUUCGAGGUGCUGAAAAAGGAGGAUAUCAAGGAAGGCAAGGCGUGGAUGUAUGAAGCAGAUCCGUUUGCGGCUUUGAGGGAGCGCGAGGAGGCGAAAGCAGUUAUGGAGAAGAAACGGAAGGAACGCGAUGCUGCUCGAGAAAAGGCAGCUAAUAGUCCUGGAGCUCCUGGCGGCGUUAGCCUCACGCAUCGAAGUGGAGGUCCAGGUGGCGCAGGGAGCGGCGCACAUAAUAUACACAGAGGCUGGAUGAAAGUUCCAAAAGUUGAUAUGGGGAAACGGGCGAGAGCUAAAGUGGAGGAGCUCAUUCGGAAGCAUACGAUCUGGAAUCCGCACGAUCACAAGAUGUCUGAAUUUCAGAGGCACUCUAUUAUCAAGGACUUCAAGCAGCUCGAAUUUAGAGAAAGUCAUAUUGAAGAGGCAGUACUUGAAUGCAAGGACCGCGAGGAAACCCUUGAAUGGCUUCUUAUUCAUGUCCCUGAGGAUGAUCUGCCGCGCUGGGCACUGCCUGAAGGUUACGUGGCAGGUAUUAGCAUGGCAAGCACCGACCUGAAAAAAGAAGGCAUCAUUAAGCGCCUGGGUGAAGCCGGGUAUUCGAUUGAUCUUUGCAAGCAAGUUCUCGAUUUAAACCAAGGUGAUGAGGGAAAGGCGGCAGAAGCGUUACAAAACAUCCUUAUGGCCAGUGGGCAGGAUGACACUAAUACUCCAUCCGAGUCGACCAGCUGGUCUGAUCCGGAUGCAAAUCCGGACGAAAUAUGGGAAGAGGAACAGAUUGGCCUCGAAUCUGUUUUUGGUGACAAAUAUUCCAGAUCUUCGCCAAAUGUCUGCCAAAUCAAAAUUCAACCUGCCAAUAGGAGCCGAAAUCCAGCAGUUGAUACAGAAAUCCUGAUUCGAAGGUCAACAAAAUACCCACAAACAGCGCCUGUUAUAUCGAUUGUCGCAUCUCUGCCGGCUUAUAUACGACUAAGUAUAAUGAAGAGAGCCCUCAGCCAUUGUACCGAGACGCUCUUAGGAGAAGGAAUGGUUUUCUUCCUCGUCGACUGGGUUGAGCAAAACUUCUACGGCAUUGUAGAAAGGCCCGGAAAACUCAGGGAAGUGUCGGCAGCAGCGUCUUCGAUAAGUGAAGUCAGUGCACCUAAUAGGCAAAAACGAGCAAGGACAACGAGACACCCCCCGCCAAUUCGAUGGGUUGAAAAUCCUAGGAGUAAAGAUGAGUGGCAGCGAAGGCAAACGGACGCCAAACUUCAGGCGCGCAUUGCAGAUAGGAGAACACUUCCGGCAUGGGAGAUGCGAGAGGAUAUAAUCGAUACCGUCAACUCUCAUCAAGUCACCAUUAUUUCUGGAGAGACUGGUAGUGGAAAGUCAACUCAGUCCGCGCAAUUCAUUUUGGAUGACCUUUACGGGAGGGCUCUAGGUGAAACGGCAAAAAUUAUCUGCACGCAACCUCGAAGAAUUUCGGCUUUGGGCCUGGCUGAUCGUGUGAGCGAUGAGCGCUGUGGCGUCGUCGGCCAAGAGGUCGGAUAUAUUAUUAGAGGAGAAUCAAAGUCGUCUCCACGGACUAAGAUCACAUUUGUUACCACUGGUGUACUGCUUCGUCGGCUCCAGACAUCAGGUGGAAGCAGUGAUGAUGUAGUCGCGUCGUUGGCGGAUAUUAGCCACGUCAUUAUCGAUGAAGUUCACGAGAGAAGUCUGGAUACAGAUUUCCUCUUGGUGCUCCUUCGUGACGUGCUACGAAAACGGAAGGAUCUCAAGUUGAUCCUUAUGAGUGCCACGCUGGAUGCCGGUGUGUUUGAGAGCUACUUCAGAAGCGAUGGAAAGGUUGGAAGGAUUGAAAUUAGUGGUCGUACGUACCCAGUUGAAGAUUACUAUCUCGACGACGUUAUCCGAAUGACUGGCUUUAACACUGGUCGCGGAGGCCGAGGAGGAGAUGAAGACGAAGACACGGAGGGCAUGGACUCUGACGUAAGAAGCGCCAUUCAAAGCAUUGGCAUGAGGAUCAACUAUGAUCUUAUAGGCCAGACAGUCCGGGCGAUUGACGCAGAGUUGACGCACAAGAAGCAAACCGGUGGCAUUCUUAUCUUUCUUCCUGGAGUUGUUGAGAUCAACAGAACAUUGGACAACCUACGAUCAAUCCCAAACCUUCAUGCCCUUCCACUUCAUGCCUCGUUGCAGUCUGUUGAGCAGCGAAGGGUCUUCCCUCAUGCGUCUAGUGGAAAAAGGAAGGUCAUUUGCGCAACAAAUGUGGCAGAGACAUCCAUCACCAUCGAUGACAUCGUUGCUGUCAUAGAUACUGGUCGGGUAAAAGAAACCAGCUAUGAUCCUUCCAACAACAUGAGAAAGUUAGAAGAAGUCUGGGCCUCGCGCGCAGCAUGCAAGCAAAGGCGUGGUCGUGCUGGUCGUGUCCAGGCUGGAAAAUGUUACAAGCUCUAUACACGUAAUGCCGAACUGACAAAGAUGGCCGAAAGGCCAGAGCCUGAAAUUCGUCGAGUACCUCUUGAGCAGCUAUGCUUAUCAGUACGCGCAAUGGGUAUCAAAGAGGUUGCUGCUUUCCUGGCGAGUGCGUUGACUCCGCCAGAGAGCCUUGCUGUAGAUGGCGCUAUUGACCUCCUUGGCCGUAUGGGAGCUCUCGAUGGAGAUGACCUUACAGCUUUAGGGCGACAUUUGUCCAUGAUACCGUCAGAUCUUCGAUGCGGUAAGCUGAUGGUUUACGGUGCUAUGUUCGGGUGCUUAGACGCCUCCGUAAUCAUUGCCGCGAUCCUCACCCUCAAGAGCCCCUUUGUAUCUCCUCAGGAGAAGCGCGAAGAAUCAAAGGCUGCCCGCGCGAAGUUUUCUGGCAAUCAAGGCGAUCUUAUAGGCGACCUCCAUGCGUUUGAGCAAUGGGACGAGAUGAUGAGCAAUCGCAGCAUUCGCCAGGGCGAGGUUCGCAACUGGUGCGGCGACAACUUCCUGUCAUUUCAAACCUUGUCUGAUAUUGCUUCCAACCGCACCCAAUAUCUCUCAUCUCUUCGUGAAAUUGGAUUUAUCCCCUACCGUGUCUCGGCUACUCUAAACCACAACAGCUCAAACGUUGCCCUGCUCCGCUCGCUGAUCGCUGGCGCAUUUAACCCGCAGCUGGCGCGAAUUGAUUUCCCGGACAAAAAGUUCGCGCAGUCCGUUAGUGGAGCAGUGGAGCUGGACCCAGAGGCGCGGACGAUUAAAUACUUCAAUCAGGAGAAUGGACGGGUAUUCGUGCAUCCAAGCAGUACGAUGUUUGAUGCGCAGACGUUCCCAGGUAAUGCAGCAUAUAUGAGUUAUUUCAACAAGAUGGCGACAAGCAAGAUAUUUAUUAGAGAUUUGACACCAUUUAACUCAUAUACUGCACUCUUGUUUUCAGGCCCAAUCACUUUGGAUACCCUUGGGCGUGGGCUGAUCGUGGAUGGAUGGUUGAGACUCCGUGGAUGGGCGAGGAUUGGUGUUUUGGUCAGUAGGCUAAGGAGCAUGCUAGACGAUGUGCUCGCGAAGAAGAUCGAUGAGCCAGAGAUGGACCUCUCGAAUAACGAGGUCGUCGCUGUCGUGACCCGGUUGGUGGAAUUAGACGGCAUGGAUCAAUAG